AUGAAAGGGAUGAAAUUAAAUAAAAACCUAAAAACAAAAAAAAAGAACUUCUUAAUACAAAGUGCAUGGGAAUAUUUGUCAGUGAAGGAAAAAGAAUUAUAGUAACAAAUGAUUGUAUUGGAUGUAGUGCAUGUAUGGAUAAUUGUCCAGCUGGGGUAUUAGAAAUAGUUAAUGGAAUAUGUACAGCACCAAGAAUUGAUGAAUGUUUACAAUGUCAUUUAUGUGAAGAUAAUUGUCCGAUAAAUGCAAUUAAAGUUGAAUAA